UUUCUACACUUAUGUAAAAAUAGCAAUGUAUUGAGAGCACCAAUUAUACAUCUAUAAGUAUCUAAAGUAUGUGUUUAGCGUUCCCCACCGCGCAAGACAUAAAGAGUAACAGCGGUCAGGCCUUUUCGAAACCAGUUGAGAGGUGACAUCGAACGUGCUAAGUGUACAGAAGUCCGUGCUAAAAAUGAGAGCUGCAACUUUGAUUUUAUUUGCGGCGAUGCUGGUUGCUGUUUCCUGUCGGCCAGACAAGCCCGACUUAAAACAACUUAAGGCGGAGGCUGCCCGGAAGAAGGCUUGUAUGCACGAUUGCUCGUCCGUCAAAUCUGAACCAGUUUGUGCUGGAAAAAAAGACACGAAGCCAAAAUCCUUUGGAAGCGAAUGCGUGAUGAAUAAUCACAACUGUGAACAUAAAGAUACCUUGCAAGUAUUAAGUAAGGGGGCGUGCGCUGGAUCUGAUGGAAUUCGUCUUUCUUAAUCUUGAAUCCAAAAUAUUAUGAUUUUAUUCUUGAUGUAUCUUACAUAAAAAAAACAAUUAACUGAUUUAUUUAUAUACAUUUGUAUUGUUUAAGGCUUACAACUAAAAUAUCUAGACCUUAAAAAUUAACAAUGUAAUGCGAUUUCGUUGAAUCUUUUUAAUUAGAAUUUUGAAAAAAUAUAUGUGUUUAUGCUUCCA